CUCUAAGCUUCUGUGGAGGAGCAACGUUCCGCUGCUGCUGGAGACACCGGAGACACCGGAGACACCGAGGACACCGGAGACACCGGAGACACGGAGCCGUGGAUCACAACUUCACCAACGGGAGGAAACAGAACCUGGUUCGGGAUAAAAACCCUGGAUUUUCUGUCGUUUGGAACUAAAAGCGUCACCGGAGCUGAUGUUAGGAAACUCCUGAGGACUCGGAGUCAGCACCGGAGGAUAAAAACAACUUUUAUCUCUUUUUAUUCUAUUUUAUUUUCUUGUGUUUUGUCUUUUUUUGUUUUUUGUUUUUUUGCUCUGGAAUAAAUUCCGCGGCUCCGGCUCUCGCGGCUUUCAGCGGCCGCGGUUGUUGUUCUCUCCGCCCGCAGCGCAGAGCAGGUGGUGACGGUGAGAGACACCGGAGACUGUGAGGUCACCUGACCUGACCACACACACACACACACACACACAGAGGCUCAGACUCCAGGUUUGACGCAUUUUUAGGCACGAAGUUUCUCAGAAUAUAACGAGUUUUUUUGUUUUUUUAAGUCUGAAUCAUGUUCGUUAAUGAGUUAAAAUAAAGUGGAAUGAUUCAUGAUUUGGAUCAAACGGUGAAGUUUCAGAGGAAGUUUACGGAUCGCCGGUGAAGCUCAGAGCCGCAGAGCGCGUCCUCCUCCCGCCGCCGCCGCCAUGCGCAGCGCCGCCGGACUGAGCCCGCUCCUCGCGCUCCUCCCGCUGCUCCUCGCGCUCCUCCUCCUCCUCCAGCCCGCAGCGGCUGCCGCAGCUGCCCUUUAACCCGCACCGCCCGCCGCCACUGCGCCACCAUGAGCAGCACCGACCUGGAGCGCGUGUCGCUCAGCUCCUCCGCCAACUCCGUGGCCUCGUCCAGCGCGCGCACGCUGUCGGCUAACGUGCGCAAGCUGCACAACGCGCUCAACCUGCUGCUCAACGACUUCGAGCGCGAGCAGUUCAUCCACUGUCUCAACGUCUACCACUCCAAGCGCAACGUCUACGACCUCGUGCAGACGCUCCACGUCAUCCUGAACGCGCCCAGCAAGCGGCAGCUGCUGCCGAUGCUGCGGCUCGUCAUCCCGCGCUCGGACCAGCUGCUCUUCGAGCAGUACACGUCGGAGGGACUCUACCUCAAGUCGGAUUUAGUCGCGACGAGCAACGGCAGCGCGGAGCCCGCGGCGGGACUCGACUUCCCCCGCAGCGCGAGCCCGACUCCCCCCGCCGCGCACCUGUCGCCCUCCGGAGCCGCGCCGGAGCUGCAGGUGGCGCUGCGCGGCUCCCCGGACAGUUUCAGCACCAGCAGCGACGGGACAGCUCCGCUGGUGCCGCUGCUCGGCAGGAACUUCAUCCACGAGCCGCCGGGGGCGCUGCGCCAGGUCAACAUGAAGCGGCACAAGAGCAACGAGGGCCUGGGCUUCAGCAUCCGCGGGGGCUCGGAGCACGGCGUGGGCAUCUACGUGUCCCUGGUGGAGCCCGGGAGUCUGGCGGAGAAGGAGGGGCUGCGCAUCGGAGACCAGAUCAUGAAAGUCAACGACAAAGUGUUUGAUAAAGUCACGCACGCGGAGGCUGUCAAGGUGCUGAAGGGCAGUAAAAAGCUCUGCCUCUCCGUGCGCUCGGUCGGGCGGAUUCCCGGCGGAUAUGUCACCAACCAUGUUUACACGUGGGUGGACCCUCAGGGUCGCAGUGUGUCGCCACCUCCUGACCUGCCGGAGCAGCGCAGCGCCACGCUGAAGAGGAGCGACAGCCAGCGACGCAGCAACAUGCAGCUCCUGCAGGAGGGAGACGAGAAGAAGGUCAACCUGGUCCUGGACGACGGCCGCUCUCUCGGGCUGAUGAUCCGGGGCGGAGCGGAAUACGCUUUGGGGAUUUACAUCACUGGAGUGGACCAGGGGUCGGCGGCAGAGUGUGGCGGACUCAAGGUGGGCGACCAGAUCCUGGAGGUGAACGGCUGCAGCUUCCUGAGCGUGCCGCACGACGACGCCGUCCGCGUGCUGAAGUCGUCGCGGCACCUGAUGAUGACGGUGAAGGACGUGGGGCGGGUGCCGCACGCCAGGACGGUGGUCGGCGAGACCAAGUGGAUCGCCAGCUCGCAGAUCGCCGAGAGCUCGGCCAACAGCAGCGUGGAGGGCUUCCCAGAAGAACAAGGAGCGUCUGCAGCAGGAAAGCCGGGCUUUUAUAAAGGCGUCGCGGGCUCACAGGUGACUCUGUCCAGCCUGGUGAACCAGUCACGGGCCAUGCUGGAGGAGAAGGCACGCCACCUGCUGACGGAGGCCGAGCGGCAGACCAUGGGCUACUACGUGGAGGAAUACCGGGACGGACACAUCGGGGCGGAGCAGCUGGUCAUGGCGCUGUUCGAGCUGCUCAACACGCACGCUAAAUUCUCUCUGCUGUCCGAGGUCCGAGGCCUGGUCACCCCACAGGACCUGGAGUGUUUUGACGGGAUGGUGCUGCGGCGGGAGAUUCAGGCCCUGAAGGCUCGUCAGGGCAAAGCCGGAGCCGCCGCCAUGCAGCCGGACUCCCUGUCCAUGGUGUCCUACCCUGACACCCUGACCUCGUCGUCAGCCAGCUUCAUGACCAACACCACCCUCAGCUCUGCGCGGAACGACAGCGUGGUGGAGAGUAAUGGAGAGGAUCCUCCGGAGAGUCUGAACACGCUGCUGACUGACAUCUCUCUGGAUGAUAUACAGUCCGCCGCCACCGCCGAGCCCCCUCCCUCCUUCAAGCCCCCGCCCCCUCCCGGGGUGCAGAGGCGCCAAAGUAGACAAGAGCUGCGCAACAAAAGCGAAUCCUCCCACUCAGGCUUGUACUUCACGGCCCCGCCUUCCCACGGCCACAGCAGAGAGGCGGCGCGCGCCGCAGCCCCGCCCCCACCUGCACCCGCACAACACCACAAACGACAACACCCCAGGGACCCGGCGGCGUCUCAGGACUACACGGCCGUCAGAAAGAGAGAUCUUUCCAAGAAAGAGCAAAUUAAAGCCGCUCAGUUGUCCAAGGUCGCCGCGCACAACAUCGGCCCGUUUCCCAGAGUCCAGUCCCCCAGCAGAGGCCCCAAACCCGCCGCCCCGUCCCCGUCACCACCGCCGCCACCUCCACUCCCUGCUCCCCAGCCUCCCCCGACUCUGCCCCUAAAGUCAGCGUCCCUGUCCAAAGCCUCCCCCGCGUCUAAAGCACAGUUCGUCACAGUGGAGGUUCACAGGCCAAACGCAGAGCCCGACGUCAACGAGGUGCGGCCGCUGCCACAGGCCCGAGGUGGCGCCCUGUCUCAGCUGUCAGACAGCGGCCAGACCCUCAGUGAGGACAGUGGCGUGGACAUUGCUGAGUCAGCACACGUCAGCAAAGACAGCAGCCCCCAUUCCUCACGCACUCGCCUCCCCCCACGAGACACCCAGGGAGGCGGGGGGGACAAGCCCUCCAAACCGCCAGGUUUGUUGGAGCCCACCUCUGCACUAGUGCGGGUGGCAAAGAGCGCCACCACCCUGGGUAUCGCCAUUGAAGGAGGAGCCAACACUCGCCAGCCGCUGCCAAGAAUUGUCACAAUACAGAGAGGCGGCUCGGCUCAUAACUGCGGCCAGCUGAAAGUGGGUCAGGUGAUCCUGGAGGUGAACGGGGUUUCCCUGAGGGGCCGCGAGCACAGGGAGGCGGCGCGCAUCAUCGCUGAGGCCUUCAAGACCAAAGAGAGGGACCACGUGGACUUCCUGGUGACCGAGUUCAACGUGGCGCUAUAGCUGAGCGGGGGGGGACGAGAGCGGGACACGGAGGACGAGUGUGGAUUUAAAUGGCACAACUCUUUUUAAAACUGGAACAAACCGCCUGAGACUCUUUCUCUUUACACUUAAUCUUCCUGAAUCUGGACAACGGUUCCACUACAUUUGACAGGUUUUUAUCUCCACUGUGAACUUUGUUCAGGAUUCUCCUCAACGCGUUACCUCCCCACUGUGAGACCUCAUGCACUACGACGGGAAAUAAAGACCUUCUGUGCGUCUUUCUUUGUCCUCGGUGUUAAAAACUUGUGGAUUUCAACUUGCAGCGAAAACCACUGGACCUUCCUGUAGCAGUCCUUCGUCCCGAGCUCCGAUCUUUUUUUAAUUUAUUUAUUAAUUUAUGGCUUUAACUGGGAGACGACUGCACACCUGAGACACCUGAGACUGAUUCAUGCCUGGGUUUGUAUAUGUACAAAAAUGAACAAAUGUAGAUACAGAUGCAAAUAUAUAUAUAUAAUGUACACAUAAAGAUACUCCUAUAUAAAUUAUAAAACCUGUAUCUUCUGUUGCAUCAACAAAUAGCGAUUAUAAAUAUUUAUAUUUCAAGGACGAUGAUAAAUCAGGCACUUCUGGGAAAAGAUGUGUUUUUUCUACAUCAUUAGUUACGCCCCCUUUUUUUUCUGACACAUAUUCACCUGUCUUCUCUCCUCGGUAUGAGACAUUAUUGAGAUCACUUUUAAAGAUUGGACACAUGGUUUAAGUGAUAAUUUUCAUGUUAAAACAUGAAUAUUUAAUAACUCGGUUCAAUGUUGUGAUACUAAGUCGACCAAUUAUCGUGGAAGCUCACGCAAAAUCCCAAAAGGAGUAAUAAGUUCAUUCAAAUACCAUUGGUGCAAAAUCGCCAAAAAAAUUGCUGUUCAGCCCACGAUGGCGGCCUUCCUGUAGGACUUACGACAAAGUCCUUAUUGACUUUUUGGACCGUCCUGACACGAUUAACACAUGUACCAACUUUCGUUCAUGUACGUCAAACUUUUUUUUUUUUCAUUUUUCGUGAGCCCUCCCACUUCCAAAUGUCUACGCUUUUUCACCGAACGACUUUCACACGUAAAUUUCCAUGAGGAUGGAUACGGGCGCAAAAAUCCUGUUUGUUAGUCUUGGAGGCUGGAGACAGUUACUGACACCUACUGGUAUAAUUAAAUACUGUCCUUGAGUCCAAGUCAAGUCUGGAGUCCUUUGAGGUGGAGUCUGAAGUUACUAUUGUGUGACUCAAGUACGACAACUAGAGUCACCAUCAUCUCCGCCAUGGUGGCCGCCAUGUUGAAUGUUUACAAAAGCUAUGCGACGUUGCUUCUAAACACAUUGGUUCCUCUUUUCUUUUUCUUUUUUUUUGGAGAUUCUGGCGUUGGCUAAAGCGGCUAACAUCCUCGCCGGAUGGCAACAUCCCAUCAAACUGGGCUGUGUUCACCCAGGUUAGCACCACUUCACUUUAUGUCCUCUAAAGUGUUUGUUUUUGACAGUAGUGUUUCACCAAAAACAAUCUGAGCUGUUUAUUGGCGAAAACAAGCUCUUUCAGUGGCCAUAAUGUGUGAAAAUGAUAUGAGUCAUGCUCCUAAAAACCACUGAAUCCUGGCAUCGGCAUCUUGGAAUAUGCCAGAAAACCUCCAGUAGAUUAAUGUUGUCAGCUGAACCUCAACCUGACCAACCAACUCAUCUAAAUACUAACGUGAUAUGUUUGUUUUCUUUGGCCGGGUUAGUGUGUAUAUUUUCACAUUUGUCCAGUUUAUGUGGCGUUAACUCUCACAGGGGUUAGAAAAAAAGAAAAAAAACACCUCAGUUAAGUCCGUUUUGGUUCUCUCCUGCUGCUCCCGUUGAAUAACAAUGGAUGAUUUGUGUUUUUUAAUUUCGUUCUUUUAAUCAUAUUCACCCUGGGGGAGCGUUCCUGAUGCCAGACUCAGUGCAGCAAUUAUGCCUAAAAAGAGAAUAAUGAGACAUUUAGAGGACGACACUGCCCAAGAUUUUACAGCGACUCCCUCACACAUGCAACACGUGUGUGUGUGUGUGUGUGUGUGUGUGUGCACAUUUGAUUUGUUUAUAGAAAAGCAAUUAGGAGAUUAACAAAUAGGAAGAGAGGGAGAGAGUGAGACAGAGAAUGAGGGAAUGAUUGAAAGAAACAAAUGAGAAGUGAUUGUUGUGGAAAUGAUCUGUUUCCCCUCCGGAGGAAAGUGAGCGCGGAGACGACGUACGACACAAAAGCACACCUCCACGUGUCAAUCCAGAGACUCACACUAAGGAUGAAGUGAUUCAUCUAAAGUGUUUGUGUUUUUUAUGUGUGUGUUUACACGGAUAGUUCAGGUUUUCCGAAGUGCUGACUGCGUUGUAGCUUCCCCCGAUAUCGGUAUCGGAUGAUAUUGGCUUUAAUACGGAAUGUCCGAAAAAAAACAGUCCAAUGUCGUGCGUCCCUACGUAAAGCAACUGUUCAAUAAGGGUGGGCAAUAUUAUCUUAAAAUGAUAUCGCGAUAUUCCACCGCGAGUUUGAGACCUUUGAUGUAGAGUGCUGGCUAGACUGAGAUCAUAUUUUUUUUACGACUUCUCCGCUGAACUCCCAGUUCUGACUUCCGAUGUAAACGUAGCGCAUCAUGUGGACGCUCACCCUCACUAUUAACAUGGCUGCCAGCAGGGACGUGAGGACAAGCAGAUAUUUACUGCUGCUGUUAGCAAACCAGAUACCACAGACAGCAGUUAGCAUUCAUGAUGUCAUGUUACCGCCUUCCCUCUGGAUGACUGUGUUUAUAAAUGAGAUUUAGCACUAGCCCCUGAGGCUUCUUUUAAAGCAAGCUGUUUCACGCGCUACAAAUAUGCAGUGUUGCUAGCCACUGUACACUCAAUAGUAAGUAGCUAACGCCAGCCUGAAAAGUUGCUAGCUGUGGCCAGAACACAUCAAACGAUAAUUAGACUAGACAGUGCUUCAUUUAUCCAUUUGUCUAUAUUUUUUUCAGUAGAAUUACCAACUUUCUUACGCAGAAAGUAGCUAAAGUUUGGCCGGAAAGAAAGGGCCGUGUGAAAAGUUGCUAGCUGUGGUCAGAACACGUUGAGCGCUAAUUAGCAUGUUUGUGACAUCAGAAUUGAGAGAAUUGAUGGAAUUGCUAACUUUUUUUUCCUUAGG